UUGCUUGGCGAUUGCCUCUUCCUCGCAAAAUAACAGACAUAAAUAAGGAUAAAUAUGUGGGAACCGCCACGUCUGAGUGCAUCCUUGCGCACGAAAACAGAGCUGGAGGCCCGGAGCCGCCGGUUCAGCAUUCUCCGGCAGGCGAGAAGCACUACCUCCGCGUCCACGACGGCAAACACCCAAGACAAGGAUGACCAGACCAUAGCCAAGCUGCUGGCUCAACUCCCUACCGAAAAGCAGCCCGCCGCCAAGGUGCAGCUGCACAAGUUGCGCAACCUGGUGCAGGAGUGCAUGGGCUACGAGGAGCAGCCACAGGUGGUGGAGCACGCCGCCUUGUACCUCUUUUGGCUGCUCCUCGAGCAGCGUGUGCUUCUGGUGGCAACCACCCAUCGGCUGCACGGCAUGUUCGGCCAGACCUUCGACCGCAAGAAGUCGCAGAUCCACGAGUGCGUCCUGGCCAUCGGGGAUCUGCUGGAGGAGCACGAGCGAGCCGCUCUGAAGCGAUGGCAGCAGGCGCAGCGGAAGGCUCCCGGAGUGGGUCCAUUGUGGGGCUCUCACAUCCACGUUAAGUGCACGCCCGCCGAAUGGUGUGACAUCAGCCUGCUAACUGACCUCGCACCGGAUGCCCUGUUGAAAAACCGCACCGUCAACAAGUUUUCAAUGAAGUACAAAUCCCAGUCCGCUCCGGCGGCACCCAAGCAUACGGAUGCCGCAAAGUUAAGUCCCGAGCUUCAGAGCCUGCUUUCGAUCUCCGAGAAGUUGGACGACGAACACCUGUUGAAUCGCGUUGGCGAUAUUUUAGGUUCCAAGCGAAGCAGUGAGGAGUUGCAAAACGAACUGAUGGAGUUGCUGGGCUUCGAUCACUUUGAACUAGUGAUUAAACUGCUCCAGGACCGGGACAAGAUCGCUCGGCAGUUGGACCAGUAUGCUACGCGAUCCCGUCGCGUCAAAGAGGUGAAGCAAAAGCGCAUCCAGUCGGCGGCUACUGGAGGAGCGACGGAGCGCCGACCCACUGUUGCCAGUGCCGUGGUGGUACAGUCGGCGCAGGAAAAACAGCUGGGCAAGAUGCAGCGGCGAGAGGAGAAGAAGCUGCACCGCAUUAUGCGAAGCAUCAAGGACGAAGAACCCGAAGACGAUCCCAACUGUGCGGUGGCCGUUUCCGUCCAACAACUGCGCAUGAAUCACCAGCGGAAGCUUUUGGAGGCCGCACAGCGGGAGCCUUUGCUGCUAAGCACCAAGGCGGAAAAGGAGGCUUACAAACAGAACAUGCACAACCAGCCCAUUCACUAUCCCUAUGUGUUUGACAGUCAGCUGUUGGCCAAACAGCACGCCGGAUUCAUUGGCGGCAGCAGGAUUACGUUGCCAGACAAUGCCCAGCGUAUCGACAACAAACAGUGGGAGGAAGUCAAGAUCCCCGCGAGUGAGCCACCUCCACUUUCAGUGGGCAACAAGCGCAUCCAAAUCGAAGAACUGGACGAUGUGGGAAAGCUUGCGUUUGCCAACUGCAAGGAACUGAAUCGCAUCCAGUCAGUGGUCUAUCCUGUGGCCUAUCACAGCAAUGAAAACAUGCUGGUAUGUGCGCCCACGGGAGCGGGAAAAACCAAUGUGGCCAUGUUGUCCAUUGUACACACGAUUCGAUGCCAUCUCGAGCAGGGAAUCAUCAACCGGGACGAGUUUAAGAUCGUUUACAUAGCUCCAAUGAAGGCGCUGGCCUCUGAAAUGGUUGAAAACUUCUCCAAGCGUCUGAAAUCAUUACAAAUUGCUGUGCGAGAGUUGACGGGAGACAUGCAGCUAACCAAGGCGGAGAUGGCUGCCACUCAAAUCUUGGUUACUACUCCAGAAAAAUGGGACGUGGUUACCAGAAAAGGUAGCGGAGAUGUGGCUUUGAUUAGCUUAGUAAAGCUUCUCAUUAUUGAUGAGGUUCAUCUGCUGCACGGCGAACGAGGUCCUGUAGUGGAGGCUCUCGUGGCCCGCACACUCCGCCUCGUUGAAUCCUCGCAGUCGAUGAUUCGCAUUGUGGGUCUGUCUGCCACCCUGCCAAAUUACAUUGAUGUGGCCCACUUCCUGCGUGUGAAUCCCAUGAAGGGCCUCUUCUACUUCGAUUCCCGUUUCCGACUUCCACUGGACACCAACUUCGUAGGCAUCAAGUCCGUGAAGCCGCUGCAGCAGAUCGCCGACAUGGAUCAGUGUUGCUACCAGAAGUGCGUUGAAAUGGUGCAGCAGGGCCACCAGAUUAUGGUCUUUGUUCAUGCUCGAAAUGCCACUGUGCGAACGGCAAAUGUGAUACGUGAAUUGGCCCAGCAGAACAACACUAGCGCUGUGUUUUUGCCGAAAGUUUCGCAAGCCCAUGGAUUGGCCAUGCGAUCGAUACAAAGAAGUCGGAAUAAGCAACUGGUUGACCUAUUCUCCUGUGGACUUGCCAUGCACCAUGCGGGAAUGCUGCGCGCCGAUCGUCAGAUGGUUGAAAAGUACUUUGUCGAAGGUCACAUAUCAGUGCUUGUCUGCACGGCUACCCUCGCCUGGGGUGUCAAUCUGCCGGCACACGCUGUCAUUAUCCGAGGAACGGAUAUCUACGAUGCCAAGCACGGCAGCUUCGUGGAUCUGGGAAUUCUCGAUGUGCUGCAGAUCUUUGGACGAGCCGGUCGCCCGCAGUUCGACAAAAGUGGCGUGGGCACCAUUAUCACCAGUUACGAUAAGCUGAAUCACUAUCUUUCGCUGCUUACAAAUCAAUUCCCCAUCGAAUCCAACUUUGUAAACUGCCUAGCUGACAAUUUGAAUGCAGAGAUAGGUCUGGGCACGAUUACCAAUGUGGAGGAAGCUAUCGAGUGGCUCAGCUACACUUACCUCUUUGUGAGAAUGCGCAUCAAUCCCCAUGUUUAUGGCAUCGAGUAUUCAGAACUGCAAAAGGAUCCCACGCUGGAAGCUCGCCGAAGAGCUCUUAUCAUGUCCGCCUCGAUGAGUCUGGACAAGGCGCGGAUGAUGCGCUUCAACCAGCGAACUAUGGACAUGAACAUCACCGACUUGGGCCGCACUGCCUCGCAUUUCUACAUCAAGUACGAUACUGUGGAGACGUUCAAUGAGUUGAUGAAGCCAUUUAUGAAUGAAGCUGAGAUUUUAGCCAUGAUUUCUCAGGCGCAGGAGUUUCAGCAGCUCAAGGUGCGCGAUGAUGAGAUGGAGGAACUGGACGAGUUGAGAAGCUACUACUGUAAGAUAAAACCCUACGGAGGAAGUGAGAAUAUCCAUGGCAAGGUGAACAUUCUUAUUCAGACAUAUCUAUCUAAUGGCUAUGUCAAGUCCUUUUCACUGAGCUCCGACAUGUCCUACAUUACCACAAACAUAGGAAGAAUAACCAGAGCACUGUUUUCUAUUGUAUUGCGUCAAAAUAAUGCAGUCUUGGCAGGACGCAUGCUGCAGCUGUGCAAAAUGUUUGAACGACGGCAAUGGGAUCUUGACAGCCAUCUGCGACAGUUUCCCGCAAUCAAUGCGGAAACCAUUGACAAGCUGGAGCGACGUGGCUUGAGUGUUUACCGAUUGAGGGACAUGGAGCAGCGAGAGUUGAAGGAGUGGCUACGAAGCGAUCGCUAUGCAGAGCUGGUUAUCCGCUGUGCGCAGGAACUGCCAAUGCUGGAAGUGGAGGCCAGUCUGCAGCCCAUUACAAGAACGGUGCUUCGCAUCAAAGUAGACAUCUGGCCCAGUUUCAGUUGGAACGAUCGCGUUCACGGCAAGACGAGUCAGAGUUUCUGGCUAUGGAUUGAGGAUCCCGAAUCCAACUACAUUUAUCACUCGGAACUGUUCCAGCUCAGCAAAAAGUUGGUGAUAAGCGGUCAGUCCCAGCAGCUGGUUAUGACCAUUCCGCUGAAGGAGCCACUGCCGCCGCAAUACUACAUUCGAGUGAGCAGCGACAGCUGGCUGGGCAGCACAACAUGCAUUCCAUUGUCCUUCCAGCACUUGGUGCUGCCGGAACAUCAUCCGCCACUAACGGAACUUCUACCACUUCGCCCACUGCCAGUCAGCUGUCUUAAGAACGUCCUCUACGAAUCCCUCUACAAGUUCACCCACUUCAAUCCCAUCCAGACGCAAAUCUUUCACUGCCUCUACCACACCGACAAUAAUGUGCUGUUAGGUGCUCCGACUGGAAGUGGUAAGACUAUUGUGGCUGAGAUAGCGAUCUUCAGAGCACUCAACCAGAACCCAAAGUGCAAAGUGGUGUACAUAGCUCCGCUUAAAGCGUUGGUGAAGGAAAGGAUCUCCGACUGGGAGCAGCGUUUCCAGCGUUCCUCAUUGGGUCUCAAAGUGGUGGAGCUGACAGGCGACGUCACGCCAGAUAUCCAAGCUAUCCGGGAAUCACAGCUGAUCGUAACCACGCCGGAGAAAUGGGACGGUAUCAGUCGAUCCUGGCAGACGAGAGAAUAUGUGCAGCAUGUUUCCCUGAUCGUCAUCGAUGAGAUCCACCUGUUGGGCGAAGAUCGUGGACCGGUCAUCGAAGUGAUUGUUUCCCGCACAAACUUUAUCAGCUCACAUACGGGUCGAGCAAUUAGAAUCGUGGGAUUAUCCACGGCACUUGCCAACGCCCAGGAUUUGGCGAACUGGCUGGGCAUCACCAAGAUGGGUCUGUACAACUUUAAGCCCUCGGUUCGUCCGGUUCCGUUGCAGGUGCACAUCAACGGAUUCCCGGGUAAACACUAUUGCCCUCGCAUGGCGACAAUGAACAGGCCAACUUUCCAGGCUAUUCGCACCUACUCCCCGUGUGAGCCGACAAUCGUUUUUGUAUCCUCACGUCGGCAGACGAGACUGACUGCCCUGGAUCUGAUAACCUUCGUAGCAGGUGACGCCAAUCCCAAGCAGUUCCUACACAUCGCGGAGAAUGAAAUGGAGCUGAUUCUGCAGAACAUUCGCGAUCAGAACCUCAAGUUCUGCCUGGCCUUUGGUAUUGGAUUGCAUCACGCCGGUCUGCAGGAGCAGGAUCGAAAGUGUGUGGAGGAGCUCUUCCUCAACCGGAAGAUCCAAGUGCUUGUAGCCACUGCCACGCUUGCGUGGGGCGUCAACUUGCCCGCCCAUUUGGUGGUGAUCAAGGGCACGGAGUACUUCGACGGCAAGGUGAAGAAGUACGUGGACAUGCCCAUUACGGAUGUGCUGCAGAUGAUGGGUCGAGCUGGUCGACCGCAGUUCGACAACGAAGGCGUGGCCGUGGUCCUGGUGCAUGACGAAAAGAAGAACUUCUACAAAAAGUUCCUGUACGAUCCAUUCCCCGUGGAGUCCAGUCUGCUGGGCGUGCUGCCGGAGCACAUUAAUGCCGAGAUCGUGGCAGGAACGGUUCAGUCAAAGCAGGCGGCUCUGGACUACCUCACUUGGACUUACUUCUUUAGGCGAUUGCUGCGAAAUCCUUCUUACUAUCAGUUGGAGGGAGUGGAGCCGGAAAAUGUGAAUGCCUUUAUGUCCAACCUGGUCGAGCGCGUGGUCUACGAACUAUCUAGUGCCGCCUGUCUGGUGGAGCGUGAUGAUUGUCUCGUCCCAACCUUCUUGGGUCGAAUCAGUUCCUACUAUUAUCUGUCGUAUCGCACAAUGAAGCACUUCCUGGAGGAUCUGCAGCCGGGCAUGGGCCCCAAGGAGGUUCUCCUGGCCAUUGCCGAUUCAUAUGAAUUCGAUCAGCAACCCGUUCGGCAUAACGAGGACAAGUAUAACGAGCAGAUGGCCGGAACGAGUCGCUUUAGGCCUCCAUCCGCAUCCUGGGACUCGCCAUACACGAAGACAUUCCUCCUGCUUCAGGCUCACUUCAGUCGACAUUCGCUUCCCAAUUCGGAUUAUCUGACGGAUACAAAAUCAGCCCUGGAUAACGCCACUCGAGUGAUGCAGGCGAUGGUGGACUAUACAGCGGAACGCGGAUGGCUCUCCACCACCUUAGUAGUGCAGCAGCUGAUGCAGUGCGUCAUUCAGGCGCGUUGGUUCGACGGCAGCGAGUUUCUCACGUUGCCAGGAGUGAACGAGGGAAAUCUGGAUGCCUUUUUGAACAUACCACACGACGAUCACGACUAUUUAACUCUGCCCGUGCUCAAAGAGCUCUGCAGAAAGGAAUACGAAGUGCUGGCCAGGCCGCUGCGAGAUGCCUUCGACGAACACGAGAUCGAGCAGAUGUAUAAGGUAAUUCAAGACUUGCCCGAGAUAGCUUUGCUAAUAUCCGUGGAGGGUCGUUAUAUGGAGGACGAGUACGCCAAGCGACCGUUGUCACUUUCUGGCGACACGAAAGGCGAAUGGAUGCCACUGCACGCCAACGAAGACUAUGUCCUUACUGUAAACCUUCAGCGUCUGAAUACCGGUGGACAGCGAAGAGCUGCUGGACAGAGUUACACAGUUCACUGCCCCAAAUACCCCAAGCCCAAGAAUGAAGCCUGGUUCCUCACACUGGGCUCCCAAGCCAAUGAUGAGCUCCUGGCCAUGAAACGGGUUACAAUUCGCGGACAGCGCUGCUCCAACCGCAUUUCUUUCCAGGCAACUCCGCGACGAGGACGACUGCAGCUCACAUUGUACUUGAUGUCCGAUUGCCUUAUCGGAUUUGACCAGCAGUACGAUCUGCAUUUCGAGAUUAUCGAUGCAAAAGAAGUCUAAAAGAUCCCAUUAGAAAAUUUAUCAAAGCGAAUAUCGUAGCAUUCUGUAGAUUUGAGGCUCAACCUUUAGUAAAUGGUGUUCAACGAUUAAUCGAUGAGCAUCUCCCGUUGAUGCAUAUGUUUUAUAAGUCCUUUUCACAGCCACUGUUAGCACACCUAAAGUUUGUAGUCAGACUAAACUUGCGUAUUUAUUGUGUGAUCCUCCAUGAUAUGUAUAACAUUUUUAUCAUUAGUCACUUGCUUCGACACGAAGCUCCUUUGUUAACCGACCAUGUAGAACUGGCAUCCAUAAAUGAACAACUUUCUAUGAAUUUAUGAAGUGAAGAUUUUUAUUACGUGAAGUUAAUAAAGUUUGUAUUAAAAGUGCA